AUGGCGCAUAUGGUGAAUACAUAUUGGAAAAAUGUCCUUACUAUUGUGCCAAUCGUUGGGGCUGGUUUGGCUACGAUGACCUUUCUGUUACGUCUGUAUUGCAGGCGAAUGAAAGCGGUGGGGCUUCUGCUGGAAGAUUAUCUAAUGGGAGCUGGUCUGAUCAUCUCCUUCGCGGUGACGGCCUUUGUAGUGGAUACCGCCUUCAAUGGUGUCGGGCUACCGAUCAAGUCGCUCCCCAAAGAUGAACGGAUGCGUAUUCAAUUCGGAUCAUGGAUGAUACAAAAAUUCUGGGCCCCAUCAAUGGCCUUCGUCAAGAUCUCGAUUGUCGUCUUCAUCAAACGACUAUUCAGCUCCAUCCGGGCAUAUGUCGUUGUUUCCUACUGCCUAGCCGGAUUUAUCGCCACAUGGGCUCUCGCUGCCCUGUUGACCAAUAUCUUCCAAUGUAUACCGGUGCAAUACUACUACAAUAAAGACUUGGGAGGACACUGCAUGUCGGGACAGGUUCAAUUCUUCCAGGCCAUGGGCUCGAUCGCAUUAAUUGAAGAUGUGAUCAUUCUCUGCCUACCAAUUCCUGUGUUCUGGAGGUUACAGAUCAACAAUCGGCAAAAAAUCGCAUUAACCCUGGUGUUUUCGCUGGGUGGACUUGUCUGUAUCUUCAGUCUGAUGCGCCUGAUUGAAUUCCGCCAAUUCCAGCUCACCGAUCUUGCCGCCUCAAGUGCCAAAGAGUCCAUCUGGACCUGCCUCGAACUCGAUGUGGCUAUCAUUUGUGGUUGCCUCCCGUUUCUUAACCCACUCGUGCAAGGCGUCCGCAGCAAAGUCAGAAGUGACGCCUCAAAGUAUCAUUCUCAACCUUCUACCGGAUCCAAUCUCCAUUUACACUCGAUGCGGGGAAGCAAAGGCAAGUUUCGAGCGCUAGGUAGUGAUUGUGGAGCGUCAUCGAACUCAAUUCACCGCAAUGCCGUGGCUACGGCAAGUCAAAGCUCUGAUGCGGAGAAUAAUAGGCAGGAUGAUGGCGGGCGGUCCAACAGUAUCAGGGCUUCAUAA